CCGGGCUGUCGGAGCCCGCUCCCCCUUCCCGACCCGCUCCAGGCUGGGCCUCUGCUGGGCUUUGGAAGCCGGGAGCGCCUCGGCACCGUCUGCCUCCCCCUCCCGGAGCCGCUCGUCUCCGCCAGCCCGAUAAAUGCUGUUUAUGAGGAUGGACCUGUUGAACUACCAGUACUUGGACAAGAUGAACAACAAUAUCGGCAUCCUGUGCUACGAAGGUGAAGCGGCGCUGAGAGGGGAGCCCCGGAUGCAGCCCCUGCAAUCCCCCGCGCUCAGCAACCACCGCACGGGCCCGCCGCCCAUCAGCCCCAGCAAGAGGAAGCUCAGCAUGGACCAAGGGGACGAGGAGCUGGACUGUGAAAACGACCACGUCUCCAAAAUGAGCCGCAUGUUCAACCCGCAUCUAAGCAAGCCUGCCAACGGGGAUUACCGCAAGGAGCACCGCGAGCGGAGCCGCAGCCCCAUCGAGCGGGCGGCUGCCCCCACCGUGAGCCUGCACGCCAACCACAUGUACACCUCCAUCCCCAGCCUGAGCAUGGAGCAGCCCCUAGCACUGACCAAAAACAGCCUGGAUGCAGCCAGGACAGUGGGCAUCUCCCCCAGCCUGAGCAGCGUGGAGCGGCAGCAGAACCGUCCCUCUGUGAUCACCUGUGCCUCUGCCAACAACCGCAACUGCAACCUGUCCCACUGCCCCAUCGCCCACAGCGCCUGCUCCGGGGCUGCCUACAGGAGACCCUCCAGCUCCACCACUGCGUGUGACCCGGUGGUGGAGGAGCACUUCCGCAGGAGCCUGGGCAAGAACUACAAGGAGCCGGAGCCGGUGGCAAACUCGGUGUCCAUCACGGGCUCGGUGGAUGACCACUUUGCCAAAGCCCUGGGGGACACGUGGCUGCAGAUCAAGGCUGCCAAGGACGCCGUGGGCGGCAGCCCCGAGGCGCGGCGGGGCCGGGCGUCGCCCUCCUCACACAUGGUCAGCCACAACCACUCGCCCUCCGUGGCCUCCUGAGGACAGAGCCCUUCCCGCCGGGAGCUGCGUGCUUUGACUGAGCUUGGAACAAGUGCUUCACUAGUGCUGGGGAGGGGAGGUUAGUUUGCAGCACACGGUUUUGUGUACUCACUUUGUUGGUUUUUUUUGUUGUUUUUGUAAAAGGGUGCCCUUAAAGAUGAUAGCAGGAACUAUUUCAUAAAGAUUCAUACGAUGUAGCAUCCUUUUCUUCCUGCCUCAAUUACCAAAGAAACCUCUGAUGCAAAUCUGCUGCCCCUUAAAAAAAUAAUGCACGCUAAUCCACAAAAGCCAUUACACUUAGUUGGUUGACCCAAGUGCUUUUUUUGCUUUUCUUAGCUUUUCUCAAGACUAGAAUUUGUCUGGUUUGCUUACAUUGCUUUUUUUUUUUUUUUUUUUUUUUUCCCUCUGUGAAGUAAUUUCGUAUGUAUAUACUUGAAAAGAACUGUCAUGUAUGAUUUGCACUAUUGGAGGAGGACUGAAGUUGCACAGCAACUUUCUGGAAGAGGCUAAAUAUUUUGAGGGCAAACUGCUGAAAAAAGGGUUUAAGGAUGACAUUUCUAUCAGUUUGAUUUUUUCUUAGAGCAAAACAGCUUUGGAAGGGGAAGUCUCAUACAGGUUAUAGGUCUUUCUCUCUUUAGAUUUCAGGUGCUUAGUGCUUGCAACUGGACUGCAUAAUUUACAGAACACGGGCAUUUUUUCCUAAACACUGCAGUUUGUUAGAAUAGAGCUGAGGUUGGAGGGUUCCAUAGUGCUUAACGAUGCAUGUUUUAUGAAAAAUAGCUGGUAUCUAUUAAUGUAUAGACAGUAAGAAUCAUAAUACUUAUUAGCUUCUCUUCAGAAUUAGUUUAUUUUUGUCAGUAACAACCCUAGAUAUACUUACUGCUGGUACAGUUGUACUCUAUGAUAUUUGUAUUUGCUAUUCACUUUAGUGGCAGCAGCAGCGAGGGCAGCUCAGGACAGGCCUCGUGCAGCACUGCUGCUUCACAGGGAUCUGCUUCCC